UGACGCAAUGACGUCCCCCACCGUACAAUCAAUUCGCGUAUGAAAACAAUAAACAACCCUGAGAAACGGUGAAACGCGAGAUAUGCAAGAGAACCUGUCGCCAAGUUUAGACAGAAAUACCGUUAAAAGAGGAACUGAAACAACAAGUAUAACGUCUUGUAAAACGACGUUGGACUCAUCGGUCCUGACACAAAGGAUUUCCGAGAGACGGGUUACCCCCUUCCUUAGCCCCCUACUAGGCUCUAACGUUAGCUAGCUAGCCAGUCCUGUAGCUCCUUCUUCGUUAGUACACUUUGUUUUAUUUGUUAUGCAGUUGCCGGAGGACUAUUUUCGCAUUCGUUUUCCUCCAUCGCCUCAUCGCUCCCUCACCCUGAACUCGCUGGCCCUAUGUCUCGCUGGCUUUUCCCCUGGUCAGGCUCAAUCAAGAAGCGGGCCUGUCGGUACCUCUUACAGCAUUACCUCGGUCACUUCUUUCAAGAACGACUGAGUUUGGAACAGCUGAGUUUGGAUCUGUACAAUGGUAGUGGUGUCAUCAAAGAAAUCAACAUCGAUGUUUGGGCGGUCAACGAGCUCUUGGAGUCUCUUGGGGCUCCACUUGAGAUUGUGGAUGGGUUUGUGAGCAGCAUAGAGGUGACAAUUCCCUGGUCAGCUCUUGUCACUGACCACUGCACCCUCGUCAUCUCAGGCCUUCAGAUAACAUGCAGACCCAAGUACAGGASCAGUGGGGGUUUGGACUCCCAGGGCUGGUCCACAUGCAUGACCUCCAGCAUGCAGCUGGCCCAGGAGUGCCUAAAGGACCCCCCUGARGCGUCCGAAGAGCCGCCCGCUCCACUGGAGGGCUUGGAGAUGUUUGCACAAACUAUUGAGACUGUCCUGCGUCGGAUUAAGGUCACCCUCCUGGACACCAUCAUCCGAAUCGAGCACCAGCCCCUGGACAUGGAGAUGGGCAUUGCCUUAGAGGUGCACAUCAAACGGCUGGAGUACUGUGACGAGGCGGUACGGGACCCCAGCCAGACKGUGCCUGUGGACAUCCACCAGCCCCCUGCCUUCCUGCACAAGAUCCUCCAGCUCAGCUCUGUUCAACUGCUGUACGAGACCACCGGAGGGCCCCAGGGUCCUUUAAGAGCUGACACCACUGGCUCAGCCUCAGCCAGCGAAGAGGAAGUUGAGGAGGAGGAGAAUGACCCACMAGCCGCCCCUACCUCCCUCCCUCCGGCCACCCAGCGGCCCCUCCUCAUCGGCAGCUGCUCUGGCUUCAUGGAGACCACAGUCAAGAUCAAACAGAACGACAUGCUGCCUGGACCUAAGUUGGAGCUGGAUGGGAAGGUGGGCUGCCUCCACCUGCUGCUCUCUCCAGACCAGAUCACUCACCUGACCGACCUUCUGUCUGCCCUCUGCAUCGACACAGUGGAAAAACCAAAAAACCCCUCCUUUCAGGUGGAACCAGUUUCCCUUUUAACCAUGCACAUCUUCAUCCACACUGUAGCUGAAGCCAGUGGUGCUGGGGUUCACAGCCGUCCCCUGGACUCUGAGGACCUGCGUCUGAUAGAGGAGGACUUGAGCAAACAGUUGAGCUCCAGCCCCGGAGAUAGAGAUCCGGACUGGGAUGAAGAGCCCGACAUGGAGCCCUACCUCACCGGUCUGGAGAACGGGGAUAUGUUCUUCUCCAUGGGUCCUGGUAUGACUAGCAGUGUGACGUCAGCACUCUCUGGCAGCUCUCUCUCCGACAGCAUGGCGUCGUCUACACACAGCCAGGCUAGCUACGCCCAGGGCUUACCACAGGGUCCCAGGCGUUAUCCUGUACCAGGAUCACUAUCCAGCCUGCCCCAGUGUAACCGAAUACCAGGGCGAAGUAGCCAAUCUGAGCCCCUGAAACCAGAGGCAUUGCUCCGCUUCUCGCUUGGCGGGCUCACCCUAACCCUACUGGAGCAGGAACCACACCCCGGGCCGGACGGAGUGUCCUCAUUGACCCAGGUGUCUCGGGUGUUCUUCCGGGAGCUGGCCUUCUUCAAAGACAGCAUGUUCAGCGAGAGAGACUUCCACCACCUCAGAGCUAGCUUCGCUAAAGCCUGCCCCCACUCACACCUCAGGAUGACUGGAGCAGCGGUACAGGUGGCGUGUGAGAUGCGCAGUGCAGGUCGCCACUCCCGUGCUGUGACCUCUGACCUAUCCUUCAGUAGGCUAGAGCUGCUUGAGUGUCUCUGGGAGCCAGGAAAGCCCCAAUACACUGAGUUGCUCCAGUUCCAGCGUGCUGGGAUGUUCACAGUGGGAGCUACAGCCARACCCUGUGCACAGCUACACUACAGUCUCACAGAGAAACACCUGCGCAAGGGGAGGCAGCGUGUGCUGCGUAGAGACAGUGUAGUGAGGGUAGAGUUGGGAGAGCUGAGUGCUGAGUUGGACCUGGACAUACUGAGUCGACUGGAGCCUCUGAGCAGAGCCUGGAGCCACUGUCCCACACAGACAGGAGGAGGAUCCGUCCACACAGAGACCCAGAGCAGUGAGCUGCACUCCUCUCUCUCCCUCCUCUCGCCCCACGCCAUCCUCAAGCUCCGCUUCCCCAUCCCGGACCUCCGGCCGCUCCCCUUCCGACGCCCGCCUUCCCAGAGAGCCAUGCGGCAGGAGACCCUGGUACUGGAGCUGUGUGACCUGGAUAUCUGCUCCCAGGAGGGCCUUGACCUCCAGCCAGAUCACCAUGCACCCCCUGGCCCCUCCCACGGCUCCCUCACACAGCUAUUGGAGGCCAGCUUCAGUGACAUGCACGGAACGUAUGAGGGCUGGGAGGGAGGCUCCUUCCCCUGUAUCAGAGUCAAGAAGAGUCAAGACUCCAUGGCCAAACUGUCAGUGCGUGUGAGUGGAGGAGAGGGUCUGGGGUCAGCAUUAGGGGGGGUAGGGGUGGGUCUGAUGAGGGACCUGGGGUCCAUGUCGUUUGAGAACCCCUGUGAACUCCGAGAGAAGACCAGCUCUCCCUUCUCCUCCAACCGCACCAUGUUCGAGACUGAAGAGAUGGUGAUCCCAGCAGACCCAGAGGGGAUGCAACAGUUCCAGUCUCAGUGUGUUUCUCAGUGUCAGUGUGUAGUAGACGUCUUUCUGCCCCUGGCCUACAUCUUCCUGCCCAGCAAACAGGCCUUCCAGAGCAUCUACAACAGGAUCAAUAAUGACCUGUUAAUGUGGGAAGCCCCUCCCCCCUCAGGUUCUAAGAGCGACCACAGCCCCCUACACCGUCUCCAAGACGAUGACAACUUCCAGCUUUGCAAGUCUGCCUUCAGACUAGACUCGGAAUCCGAGGAGGAAGAUGCUCAGUUCUACACAGCCAGUGAAUCAACCAGACGCAGGCAGUCAGAGCCCCGCCCUAACCACACCCUCAGCCUGCUCUCUCUCACCAUUGUCAUAGGAAAGGGCCGCCUCCAAGCAAUGACGGACAGCAAGGGAGAGACGGGAAGUCCGGAGGACCGGUGUCACGGUGAGCUCCUAUUGGACCUGGAAGGGGGGAAGAUGUUCAGUGUGGCGCAGCAUCAGAAUAACCCCCAUCUCAGCUUCCUGUGCCUGGAGAGCAGGAGGGUGGAGCUCUACCACAAAGCUGUAGUGAAGGACUCCCCUGUCCCCGGGCGGUUGGAAAUGCCCAGCUUCACUCCCCCAGGGCAUCUAGACCUUACCAUUUACCCCACAGAGGUGGGGCUGAGCAGUGUGAGUGGCAGGGAGACUGAGGUCCAGAUGUUAUCCACAGCCAUCAAAGUCACCCUGGACCCUCAGAAGAAUGUCAAGGAGUUUCUGGUUGCCCUUCGUCUCCAUGGUGCCACUAUGCGACAUCGCAUGGCACAGACCAAUCACAGCUGGCACGAACAGCUGGUUGAUUUUUUGGAUGUCAUUGAUGACCCGAUCCUGGGCUACACAUCUCCUGUAGUUAUUACCGUCCUACACACACACCUGGCUACCUGCGUCGUGGACUACAGGCCCCUGUAUCUUCCAUUGAGGGUGUUGUUCACAGCAGAAUCCUUCUCUCUGUCCAGUAACAUCAUAGUAGACACGGCCACCUUUCACCUCAGGUUUAUCCUGGAUGAUUCUGCCUUGUUUCUCUCUGAUAAGUGUGAAAGUGACGUAGUGGACCUGAGACGAGACUAUGUGUGUGUUCUGGACAUUGAUCUGCUGGAGCUGGCCAUCACCACAUGGAAAGGCAGUGAUAUAGGGAAACUGUCCCAACCUCUGUUUGAGCUGCGUUGCUCCAACAACGUGGUCCACCUCCACACUUGUGCUGACUCCUGUGCUGCCCUGGUCAACAUGCUGCAGUACCUGGUGUCCCAGGGAGACCUGCACCCGCCCCCCCGACACACAUCACCCACUGAGAUCGCUGGACAGAAGCUACCGUUGUCAGAAAGUCCCGCCUCCUUGCCACCCUGCCCUCCAGCUGAGACUGCUGAGAUCAACCAGUAUGAUCUCCUUGAUGCUUUGAUUGACACAGAGAGGAGCCACCCAGAUGAGGAUAUGGACUCAGGAUCUCCCACUGUCCCGCGGGGCUCACCUGUCUCAGUCUACCUGUUUCCUGGGGAGGCCCCUAAGCUCCGCCCACCAGUUGUCAUUGAGGGGGAGGAGUCAAAGCUUGACAGACUGGUGGCGACAGCCACUGAGGUGCAAGUGGAUAUGAUGUCAGAGGAGGGCUCUGAUGGUUCAGAGGACAACGAGGACUUCUGUAUCCUAGAGGCUCCUGGGAUGGGUAUACCUCCAAGAGACGGGGAGCCUCUUGUGACGGUGCUAGCUGAGGGUCCUAUCAGGGUUAGGGAGGGCCACUUCUCCCGGCCGCGGGGCAGCUCUGACUUGCUGCGGGCCCCCAGCCGCUUCCCUGUCCCCGAGAGCAGGGUGGUGCUACGAGAGGUGUCUGUCGUCUGGCAUCUGUACGGAGGGAGAGACUUCGGGGGCAAGGCCAUGUCUAUACACACGCAGCAUGGAAACAGGGGUCGCACUGCCCCGUCUGGGAUGCGUGGAUCCCCGUCCCGCUCCACUGCUCCGUCCCGGCCUCAGAACUCGUGGCGCUGGGCUGGAGGCGGUGGACGUCAACACAACUUGCUCAUGGAGAUCCAGCUCACCAAGGUGAGCUUCCAACACGAGUCCUACCCAGUGGUGGUGUCUGCAGCUGGGCCGGCUCUGGAGGGAGAGGGGCCUGGGGUCGGGGCUGUGGGGGAGCAGCCUCUGUCCCGCCAGGUGUUCAUUGUUCAGGAGCUGGAGGUACGCGACCGCCUGGCCUCGUCCCAGCUUAACAAGUUCCUCUACUUGUACACCAGCGAGAGCAUGCCCCGCAGGACACACUCCAACAUGUUAACAGUGAAGGCCCUGCAGGUGUGUCCAGACUCUGGUGUAGGUGGUCCAGAGUGUUGUUUAAGAGUGAGCCUCCUCCCCCUCCGACUCAACAUCGACCAGGAUGCCUUGUUCUUCCUGAAGGAUUUCUUCAGUAGUCUGGCUGCUGGAGUUAACCCCUACCUGCCUGUGGACCCUGCAGCUGAGAUGAAGACAGACCCUUCCCAGAAGCCCGCUGAGGAUGGGGUCAGUGGCACGGAGACCACUGCUGGUCUGGGUCCUGACCUCACCACUUCUGUAGAAACCACCUAUAGCGAGCAGAGCUCCUCGUCCGCUGGCUCCACCUCUUCCACUGAUCAGCCAAUCUACUUCCGGGAGUUCCGUUUCACCUCUGAAGUGCCCAUCUGGCUGGACUACCAGGGCAAGCAUGUGGUCAUUGAGCAGGGGACGUUUGCAGGGAUUCUUAUUGGUCUGGCCCAGCUGAACUGCUCUGAGCUGAAGCUGAAGAGACUCUGCUGCCGACAUGGACUUCUAGGCGUAGAUAAGGUGAUUCAGUACGCUGUCACUGAGUGGCUGACAGACAUCAGGAAGAACCAGCUGCCGGGCAUUCUGGGAGGUCUAGGUCCCAUGCACUCUGUAGUUCAGCUGUUCCAUGGAGUGAGGGACUUGUUCUGGAUGCCCAUAGAGCAGUACAGGCGGGACGGCCGCAUUAUCCGGGGUCUCCAGCGGGGGGCCGCGUCCUUCGGCACCUCCACUGCCUCUGCUGCUCUGGAGCUCAGCAACAGACUGGUGCAGGCCAUACAGGCCACAGCAGAGACGGUGUACGACAUCCUGUCCCCAACGCCCCCCCUGAACCGUUACAUCACAGAGGGCCGACGGCCCUCCAACAGGUCCCGCCGCGCCCACCAGCCUGCCGACCUCAGAGAGGGCGUAGCUAAGGCCUAUGACACCGUCAGAGAAGGCAUGAUGGACACAGCUCAGACGCUAUGUGACGUGGCGUCUCGCGGGCAUGAGCAGAAAGGCCUGCCUGGUGCUGUGGGCGGAGUCCUGCGGCAGAUCCCACCCACCGUGGUCCGUCCCCUAAUAGUGGCCUCUGAGGCAACGUCCAACCUGCUGGGGGGCAUCCGGAACCAGAUCAAGCCAGAUGCACGGAAGGAGGACUUCUUAAAAUGGCGCUCUGAAGAAGGCCAAGAAUGAUGAUUCUGGGGGAUUAAAGGUUAAAGAAAUGGGGGGGGAAAUUGUUAUGUGUGUGAACAGAUGAAGGGAGUGAAUGUGUGAAAACGUGAGUUUAAAUUAUUAUUUUUAAACUACUGCAGAGUGAUUGACACCCAGUAUUUUAUGUGGUUCCAUAUGGAUCAAGACAAAACAAUUGUAUCUCUUUCUUCAAUCCAAUCAAAUAGAGUUCAGUUCACUAUCCUUGCAGCAGUACGUACAUGAUGAGGAUACUCUACCUUUAUUAGUAUGUCAACAUAUCACUGUCAUUCUGGGUUGUCUUCAUCUUUAGAUGUCAAAGGGCAAACAGGGCUCUAGUCUAGUAUAAAGUCUGUAGUAGUGGUAGGUGGGAUUAAACAUGUUAAUCAGUAGCUCUCACAGUCUUCUGUUGAUCAGACUAUGGGCCGGUUUCCCAGUUUGAGAUUACACCUAUUCCUGGACUAAAAAGCACUUAGAAUGGCGAUCCUUAAUUGAGCAUGCAUUUAAGGAGUAGACUUAAUCUGAGUCUGGGAAAUCAUUCUAUUGAGCCCAAAUCAGUGUCCACAGGGAUUGGAUGGUAAUAUCCGUCUCUCCUGUAGUCAUGGAGACUGAAAGACUGAUAUAGUGGCCUUAGCUGAGAUCCUUCCAGAUAGCUGUUAAUCAAAACCUAAAAACACAAUUGUGGGAUUGUUCCAUYCUAGCCUGCACACAUCCCCACCCCAGUGUUGUUUGUGCCAUAAGUUUGUUCAAUGAUGGGUUCCCUGGCMUCUCCUCCUUUGGUUGUGUUUAGUUUUAUUGCCUUCCUGAAACCUAUACUCAUCUCUCUGUAUGCUUACUUGUUCAUAUUUGACCUGUGGAAACAAUGACCUGGGCCUGGUUGUGUUAACUAAAUGCAGUCAUGGGAGAAUUUGGACGAUGAACUGAAUGAACUAGAGAAACGUACUUUCCUCUAUGUCAAAUGGCUUCGCUUGAGUUUAAUGCUUGCCAGCGCUUGGUCAUCUGAUUUGUACUUACAGUAUGUUAACUGUUUAUUUUGUCAGAUCAAGGAGGUUGCCCUCAGGGCCUUGGACCUUAUCACCAGUCUGGUUCCUUCCUCUCAACAGAACAAUUGCUUGACUCGUCUCAUUAGUUGCCUUCCUCCAUUUUUGUAUUAUGUUAAACUAGUAUCAUAUUAUUUUUGAAAAUAAGUGUUGGUGGGAUGUGUCUAGAGGGUUAAGAUUGGGGGAAAAGGGGGGAUUGUGGUAAAACAUUUAACAUKAUCUUUUGUUCAAUGCGUUUAAAUUGUGUGUGUGAGUGUAAUGCAUGUUUGUGGGUUAGUGGUUUCUUGUGAGGGUGACCCGUGGGUUGUAUUGGUCACAGGUCUGUAAUUACCAUUUACCUGUAAGAAUGACCUGUAUAAUACCAAGACAAUGAGUACAGAAAAAUAUAUACUAAAAAAAUAAAACAAUAUAAAAAACGUAA